AUGACACUCUUAAAUGAGUACCUGAACUGCUCAAUCUUCGGAUGGUCCAGGAAGUGUUUCGCACAAAUUAGAGUGAUAAAUAUGAGACAGCAACUGGCACUAGUUGGCAAGGAAUUCGACAACGUCGAUCCACAGGAAAGAGACUGGAAAGGAGUUGUGAUCGCUUUGGUUGUCAUCAUGUUCAUUUGUUUGGUAAUCGCUUGCGCGGUGUUCCUAUUCGCACCAAUGUCGCUAACCGUUAGUGAUCCUCGUACUCCAAUAAAGCUGUCGAAUAUGUCAAGGCUUCGAUCGCCUAUUUAUGAUGUACGAUGGAGCGGUACGGAUUCUAUCAUCUACGAGGACAUAACCAAAGGUGUGCUACGAUUCGACAUCAACACAGUGAAAACGGACACAUUGCUGGAUACUCGAGCAACGGUUUUCUGGCAAGGCGGUCAUAUCUAUUACUCCGAUUCGGCCGAAUCUGUUAAGCCAGUACAAAUCAGUGAAGGCGGGCCAAAUUGGGAGCACGGUAUUUUCGAUUGGAUGUAUGAAGAGGAAAUUUUCGGACGCCAGUCAAAAGCAGUCUGGUGGUCGCUAUCGGGCGAUAAAAUAGUCUACCUAAGCCAUGAGAAAAGCAAGGAGAAGUCUAUAACAUUGGUUAGCCUCAAUCAUACUGCUAACUUCAUUUUCAGCUAUUCACGUCGAGAGAGCUAUCCUCAUACACUGGAGCUACCGUAUCCAAAAACUCAUGAGAAACAUUUGCCAACUUACGUCAUUAAAAUGUGGGACAAGAAUCUAAGGACUCUGAAGCAGAUGGAUGUGCAGUUACGAGACAGCACGGCAUUUCACUAUCUUUAUGGAGUUCGAUGGGUGAUGCUGAACGGAAAGGAGCGAUUAGUUGCAAGUUGGGCGAAUCGACUACAAAACCAUGUUUCGGUGACCAUAUGUGACUACGACACGGCCAUGUGUUCAUUGGUGUUUGAGCACAAGUACGACGCUGAUAAAUGGGCUGAACCAUCGGAUUUUUCGUCGAUUCUCGGCAGUGGUGACGCGAUCUAUAUGCUUCUUCCAAGGGCCCAAUCCGAUGGAAAUAGUUAUCAACAAAUCGCCAAACUUCUUAUAGAGAUGGAGAACGGGAACGAUUUCAAAUGGGCCAAGUUGUCGUACCUUUCUGCCGGAAACUUUGAUGUCACUAAACUGGAAGCAUUUGACAGGGCAACAGACACUAUGUACUUCACGGCAGCCGCUCCAUCACCUGGUAAUCACCAUCUAUUCGCCACUAAGGGAACAUCGGUAGACAAUGAGCGGUACAUGGACAUGUGUUUCAUGCCUUUUCAAAAACUGUACAUAUCAAACAAAUCUGAUCGACGCCAGCUUUAA